UUGGCUGUUGUGACUGUGGUUGUGACUGGGGUGCUGGUGAGUGAGCAGUAGAGUGGGGCUCAGUGUGGCUAAGCAGAGGCCAGAGCAGGCAGUGGCUGGAGGAACGUGCCCGGGUUGGAUAAACCAUGUUCACUAAGAGGGGAAGGGACUCUGCCUGGGACACAAGAUGAAGGUGGAGAGGAAGAGCACCUCAACAGACACAGAAACAUUCACGGACAUAGCUGCUUUUCUGACACUGCUGGGCCUGCUCGUGCUUCUCUUGUCAGGCAAGGUGUCCAGUGUGAAUGUGACCAGCCAGUCUCAGGUAGUGAGAGGCACAGUGGGCAGAGAGGCCCUGCUGUCAGUCAGCUACUCCAGCAGCAGCACGGACAGACCUGUCAUUAAGUGGCAGCUGAAAAGAGACAAGGAGAAGCCCAUCACACUUGUCCAAUCUCUUGGCACUGACAUCAUUGGAAACCUGAGGCCAGAGUACAGAGACCGCAUCCUGGUGUAUGAGAAUGGCUCUCUGCUACUCCAUAACCUGCAGCUGUCUGACGAAGGGACCUACGAAGUGGAGAUCUCCAUCACAGACGACACCUUCCCUGGGGAGCGCUCCAUUGAGCUCACUGUGGAUGUUCCAGUGUCCAGACCUUAUAUCCAGAUGAUGGCCUCCUCUGUGUUGGAGUACAGUGAGCACUUUAACCUUCAUUGUUCUCACGAUAAUGGCACAAAGCCCAUCUACGGCUGGGUCAAAGGAGGCAAAGGACUGGCCAAUGAUUCACGACUGAUGCUAUCACAUGAUCAGAAGGUGCUGACCAUCUCCCGUGUCCUCAUGUCAGAUGAUGACAUCUACACCUGCACAGUGGAGAACCUCAUUAGCAGCCUGAAAAGCGCUCCAGUCAGGCUUACAGUCUAUAGACGGAGUUCGCUAUACAUUAUUCUGUCUACAGGAGGUAUAUUCCUCCUAAUCACCCUGGUGACAGUGUGUGCCUGCUGGAAGCCAUCCAAAAAGAAGCAUCGACCCGUCCCCCAAAGAGCUCCUGUCUAUGUGGAGCAGAGUGAAAAUGGUCAUGAUGUUGAUGUAGUGCCUAAGCCCAGUACCCUCGGUAGAAGGAGUCCCAUGCCUUUAUAUGUUCUCAAUGAAGAUGAAGUUAUACCUAAACCAAGCACACUUGGGCGAAGGAGUCCAAGGCCUUUGUGCGUUCUAGCAGAAGAUGAACCUCUGGAGUGCUUAGAGGAGCGGUCUGGUAACGUUUGCCAAUUGGAAGAGCUCCCUGUUACAUUUGUCCCAGUUCUACCUCCCUCCAACAGAAGUGGCCCGAUAUGGACCCCUCCACGCCGCUACCCCCGCAGCCCCUCUCCCUUGGCCCAGCCGCUGCCCCUGCCCCUGCCCCUGUCCAGCCCUAACUCACCUGGCUCACCCCAGCGCGGCUUCAGUCCCAUCAGAAAAGGUCGACCUCCUGUGGGCAUCCCCACUAGCUCCCUACCAGUGGAGCCCGAGGGUCCAGGGCAUAAUGAGUCUUCACACAGUGCUCAACAACAAUGACCAUAGCUGUACACGAAAGAUGUAUGUAUAGUUUAUUAGACAUUAUGCACUAUUUAGAAAGAUGUUUCUGUCCAUAAGUAAUAUUGUAUAUUUUCAUCUAUUAUCUAUGCACUAUAUAUUUGUAGUGUUUGAAUAAAUAACAUUACACUGUC